AUGAUUUCAUCUGGAUGUGUUAGCACACCAGGCUCAGCAAGUGCCUUUCGUCUAUGUCACAUAUGCGGCAUUGCAUACUCCAAGGCUUCGUUGCCUGCUCAUCAAAAAAGCUGUAUACGCAAAAGCUUGGGUACUAUACAAACCACUAGAUCUAUGACAGCGCUUUCUGCUGGAAGUGUCUCGUUUUAUCCAUGUACAAGUUGUAUGACUAAAAUACCUCAAUUUAAACUUGCGCAGCAUUUACGCACAUGUAAAGGGGUGAGCUUAUCCAAAUCACCAGCUGCCCAGAUAUAUCAUGAAGAACCAUGUCGUGGAUCCAAUGAAAAAAAUUACGCUCCAGCAAGUGCGCCUGUGUAUCGCGGUGGAUAUCUAAACAAUACUGUAUUUAACGAAAAUCAUGGAUUCAGUCGGGGUGAUGAUGGUACUGAGAUGCAUUCAAGUGAUCAAGGAUAUCAACAAAAUAGGGAUAUGCAUAGGAGUAAUUCUAGUCAAAAUCAGUCAAACCAACAGUUUAUUCAUCCAUCCACUUUGAAUACCAACAAAAAACACACGUCGUUGGACUAUGAUUCGGCAACACAGUUUGUCGGUGAUCGUAUAGUAUCUCCAAACCAAACUGCAUUGUCGUAUCCGCUUACACCAUUACAUGCUCAUUCACCAAUGAAAGAAGCCAUACCUAGUUUUUCUACAAAACCCAUUGAACAGCACCAACCGAGUAUACGAGUAGUGCCAAAAAGAAGUAUGCGAGAGAUUCCAAUAACAUCAACACUUUCGGUCAUGCCAGACACAUCACAUACACCAACUCAUAUAUCUGCUUUACAAAAAAGUGCUUCAACAACACCAACUUGGGAUGAUAAAUCCUUGUCACGUCAUCGCGAUCCCAUUUCAGACACGCAUCAAUCCAUAUCGACUUCAAUGCAUCCAAAGAGCUACAAUAAAGAAUACCAAGUAGCCUCUCCUGCGCAUGGCGAGUUUUCAUCUGGAGCUGAAAUGAUCCAAGAAGAGUUGGUUGAAGAGUAUGCCACAUUACCACUCAAUAUGGCACCAUGUCGUAUUUGUAACCGUAAAUUUCUUGCAGAAAGAAUGGAAAAACAUAUUAUUGCAUGCAUGAAAUCACACCAAAGCAGAAAGGUGUUUAAUGCGUCAGAUUCUAGAAUCAAAGGUACAGAACUCGAAAAGUAUGCAUCAAAACAACACAAUCAACCCUCGAAUGACUUGGCUGAAAAGAAAUUACCAAAAAAAUCCAAUUGGAGAAUCAAACAUGAUGCAUUUGUGCAGAUGGUCAGAUCUGCCCGUCAGCCAGUAGACGGCACCUCUUCAACCACUAACCAACCCAAAAUCGAUCCAAAUCCAGACUAUGUAACAUGUCCUUCAUGCAAUCGACGAUUUAAUGAGGAUUCGGGGGCAAGACAUAUGCCAUUGUGUAAGGAAAAGACCGAUAAAGCAAACCGGCAAGCCAUGGCACAAGUUAGAAAUUCUAGUGUGAAAAGUGGCGGUGUUGGAAAUGGACGCUCGGGAAGCCUUUCCACUCCCGCUACUGCUAAUCGUGAAGAUAUGCUAAAAAGACGGACUGCUUAUAAACCACCUACUCCCAAGACGGCCAAAUCUGCUGGGAAAAAAUAA